UGUGGCAACCUGCUAGAAGAAGAUGUUUUAAGCUUUAAAUAGAGACUAGAUGGAGAACAUUGCAUAGAACGUGCAGAAGGGAUUUGAAGAAGAAUAGGAAGGAGGAGGAGGGAGGAUGACGUCACGUCCAGAUAAUGGUGGUCAUGCGACCAACAGCGGAAGGACACGUGUCGGCAAGUACGAGCUGGGUAGGACGCUAGGCGAGGGGAAUUUCGCGAAAGUGAAGUUUGCGAAGAACACGAUCACCGGAGACAAUGUCGCCAUUAAGAUUCUCGACAAGGAGAAAGUUCUCAAGCACAAGAUGAUCAACCAGAUAAAACGAGAGAUAUCAACAAUGAAACUGAUUAGACACCCUAAUGUAAUACGUAUGUAUGAGGUCAUGGCUAGCAAGACAAAAAUAUACAUUGUAUUGGAAUUUGUAACUGGUGGAGAGCUCUUUGAUAAAAUUGCAAGCAGUGGGAGAUUGAAAGAAGAAGAAGCUAGAAGAUAUUUUCAACAGCUAAUAUGUGCUGUGGAUUACUGUCAUAGUAGAGGUGUUUGCCAUAGAGACCUAAAGCCUGAGAACUUGUUGCUGGAUGCUACGGGAAUGCUCAAAGUAUCAGAUUUUGGAUUGAGUGCACUGCCUCAACAAGUUCGGGAAGAUGGGCUGCUUCAUACAACAUGUGGUACGCCAAAUUAUGUUGCCCCAGAGGUGGUUCACAAUAAAGGCUAUGAUGGUGCGAAGGCUGAUCUCUGGUCAUGUGGUGUCAUUCUUUUUGUUUUGAUGGCAGGCUAUUUGCCCUUUGAAGACAACAAUCUUGUGAAUUUGUAUAAAAAGAUUUUCAAGGCUGAGUUCACUUGUCCUCCUUGGUUUUCUACGAAUGCAAAGAAGUUAAUCAUAAGAAUACUUGAACCUGAUCCUGCCAAACGGAUUACGAUCGCUGAUGUAAUUGAGAAUGAAUGGUUCAAGAAGGGAUACAAGCCUCCAAAAUUUGAGCAGGCCAAUGUUAGUCUUGAUGAUAUAGAUUCUAUUUUUAGUGAAUCAAUGGAUUCACAAAACCUUGUUUCUGAGAGGCGUGAAACAAGGCCUGUGGAACCUGUGACCAUGAAUGCUUUUGAGCUUAUCUCUACCUCUCAGGGCCUCAAUCUCCGUAGUCUUUUCGAGAAACAAAUGGGACUUGUUAAAAGGGAAACAAGAUUCACAUCCAAAUGUUCAGCAAAUGAGAUCAUUACGAAAAUUGAGGAAGCUGCUGGGCCUUUGGGUUUCGGUGUUAAGAAGAGCAACAAUAAGUUAAAGAUUCAAGGUGAAAAGACUGGGCGUAAAGGUCAACUAUCUGUAGCUACCGAGAUUUUUGAGGUGGCUCCUGAACUUUAUGUGGUUGAAUUGCGGAAGGCUGAGGGAGAUACUCUGGAAUUUCACAAAUUCUAUAAAAACCUCUCUCCUGCACUGAAAGAUAUUGUUUGGAAAGCAGAGCCAAUCGAUGAAGAAAAAGAUGGUUCCAGUCCCUCAAAAUAAUCUUUCACGAAUCUUCGCCUGUUAAUUGUACAAAUACCUAGCUGUGCUCUUUGCUACUAAGAAUGGCAGUUGCUUGAAGGAUUCAGCCAUGGGGCUCAUGGAAUAAACUUUUUGUCCGACACUAUAUAAUUAUAGGAAUGAUUGAAUCUUUCAAUGAAAAUUUGUUGAAUAGUUUUCCCUUCUUUCAUGCUGAGAGAUUGUGUUGGCGAAAAUAUUCAAACAUUAUAAUAGGGACAUAGCACAGAUUUUUUUCGGGGUAUUGGGCUUCUAAAUUUAGGCUUUUACCGAUUGAAAAAUUUUACAUGUUCUAUUAUGAUAUAAAAUUAAAAGAAAAUUGUUUCUUGCAAAAAGUUAUGAAUAUAAUCUCACUCUGAUCCCUAUCCAUUUGCUUAAA